AUGGCAAAAUCACAAUCACCAGAAACAGAACACCCUGUGAAAGCUUUUGGAUGGGCUGCCAGAGACACAUCUGCGCAUUUUUCUCCUUUCAACUUCUCCAGAAGGGCCACAGGUGAGCGUGAUGUCCAAGUUAAAGUGCUGUAUUGUGGAGUCUGUCAUUCGGAUCUUCAUAUGGCCAAAAACGAAUGGGGCUUCACUCAGUUUCCUAUUGUUCCUGGGCACGAGAUCACCGGCAUAGUAACAGAGGUUGGUAGCAAGGUGGAAAAAUUCAAGGUUGGGGACAAAGUUGGAGUUGGAUGCAUGGUUGGAUCAUGUCGGGAAUGUGACCAAUGUGCCAAUGAUCUUGAGAAUUACUGUUCGAAAUUUAUACUCACCUACAGUUCGCGUUACACGGAUGGUACCGUUACAUAUGGAGGUUACUCUGAUAAAAUUGUUGCUGACGAGCACUUUGUUAUUCGUUGGCCGGAGAACUUGCCCCUUGAUGCUGGUGCUCCUCUCUUAUGUGCUGGAAUUACAACUUACAGCCCCUUGAAGUACCACGGACUCGACAAGCCCGGAUUGAAUAUCGGUGUAGUUGGUCUUGGUGGGCUUGGCCAUGUAGCUGUGAAAUUUGCUAAGGCCUUUGGGAGUAAGGUGACAGUUAUCAGUACAUCCAUCAAUAAGAAGAAGGAAGCAACUGAACGACUUGGUGCAGACUCAUUCUUAGUUAGCCGUGAUCAGGAGGCAAUGCAGGCUGCAGCUGGGACGUUGGAUGGAAUCAUUGAUACUGUGUCUGCUGCUCACCCCCUUCUACCCUUGGUAAAUUUGUUGAAGCCUCAUUCACAUCUUAUCAUGGUUGGUGGCGGAGAAAAGCCCCUCGAGGUGCCCAUGUUACCUCUAAUUUUUGGUAGAAAGUCAAUAAGUGGCAGUGGCAUUGGAGGAUUAAAAGAGACUCAAGAAAUGGUCGAUUUCGCAGCAAAGCACAACAUAUUUGCAGACGUGGAGGUCAUUCCCAUGGAUUAUAUCAACACUGCAUUUGAGCGUCUUGAGAAAUCUGAUGUUAAAUAUCGGUUUGUCAUUGACGUUGCAAAUUCAUUUAAGGCCGAGUAA